UCUCCCUUUGCGUCGAAUUUACUAGUUACUCCUCCUGCACUAUGCCGAAAGUAGUGUCCCGGUCGGUAGUCUGCUCCGACACUCGAGACCGUGAGGAAUAUGACGAUGGCGAGAAGCCUCUGCACGUCUAUUACUGUUUGUGUGGCCAGAUGGUCCUGGUCUUGGAUUGUCAGUUAGAGAAGUUACCCAUGAGGCCCCGGGACCGAUCUCGUGUGAUUGAUGCAGCCAAACAUGCCCAUAAGUUUUGCAACACAGAAGAUGAGGAGACUAUGUAUCUUCGCCGACCUGAAGGCAUUGAACGUCAGUACAGGAAAAAGUGUGCAAAGUGUGGGCUGCCGCUCUUCUACCAGUCCCAGCCGAAGAAUGCUCCUGUGACCUUCAUUGUGGAUGGAGCAGUAGUGAAAUUUGGCCAGGGUUUUGGGAAAACAAAUAUAUACACUCAGAAACAAGAGCCUCCUAAAAAGGUGAUGAUGACCAAACGAACUAAAGAUAUGGGCAAGUUCAGCUCUGUUACUGUGUCUACCAUUGAUGAAGAGGAAGAAGAGAUCGAGGCUAGGGAAGUUGCUGACUCUUAUGCACAGAAUGCCAAAGUGAUUGAAAAACAACUGGAGCGCAAAGGCAUGAGCAAGAGGAGACUGCAAGAGCUGGCUGAACUGGAAGCCAAGAAAGCAAAAAUGAAGGGGACAUUGAUUGACAACCAGUUCAAGUGAACAGGACCUUUCUCCAAGUCCAAGCUGGAGGCAAGCACCUUAGAUCAAGAAGGAAAAUAGCGUCUUGAUCACAUGAACUAUUUAUGUUCCAGGAGGUUUUACAUCUUUUCUAUUGGGUCUCUUCCAUUCAAUGAGUUGUGUUGUUUUUGUUGAAGUCUUUGAUUCCACUUCACCUGCUUUUUUAGGAGGUGGAUUUUUCUAAGUCUUUCUGUAUAGAAGUUUUGUAAUAUUUUAUUUGAGGUAGGAUCUCAUUACGUAGCCCAGAAUGGCCUUGAACUUGUGAUCCUUUUGCCUUACCCUCCCAAAUGCUAGAAUUAUAGGAAUACGCCACCAUUUCUUGCCUCCAUACACAUUUUUGUCAAUUUGAUGUAAACUUCCUCAGCUAUGUAGAAGCUUGUAUGAAUAGAUCAGUGCUUGAGUGUCACUGGUUUCUAAAGUAGCUCCUUUGAGUCCUUCUUGAAAAGUAUUAUAGUAUGUCAUAGAUGAAAGUGGCUGGUAGGAAUCAUAUAUUUAUAUAUGAUCAGUGAGUCAGUUCCUUCUAAGCUACUGUAUCUUUUUCUUUAGCAUUUUUCUUAGCAUUGGCUGUGGUUUCAUCUUUCUUCUGUCAGUAGGUAUCAGUUAAAAGCCAGAAUUUGCCAGGCGUAGUAGUGCAUGCUUUUGAUCCUAGCACUUGGGAGGCAGAGAUAGGAUUGCCAUGCUUUUGAGGCCAGCCUGAGACUACAUAGUGAAUUCCAGGUCAGUCUAGGCCUGAAUGAGACCCUACCUUGAUAAACAAACAAACAAAAAACCUGCAUAAAGCAUUCUUUACUGAAAAUGUUAGAUGGCCAUGCCAUUAUCAGACUUAAUGUGGCUGGGAGGUAGAGUUCAGUGCUGGGGUUUCUGGUAAGCACAUGUGAAGCCAUCCCCAACAGCAAAAAAAAAAAAAAAAAAAAGGGCAAAAGCAGAUUACAUGGGUGGGAUAGCUGUAAUCUGAAUUAGAGUUUUACUAAGUAACCCAAAGGAGUCAUCCUCUAGUCCGUCAGCAA